AUGAUGUACGUGGGACUGUCGGAAUUGAUUGGUCGGGAAGUGAGCGAUAUUGGCUGCGGCGGGCAAAUCAUCAUCACGGCCCCCAUCGUUCGGUGGCUGCGCAUCAACUUGGCGCAGAGAACUGAGUGGGCGAAAGCUCAUCCAUGCUUUUACCUCGAUAUGGGUGUCCACCACAUCGAAGACUUGAGAAUCGACUUGGGCAUUGCUCAGUUGGUGCCAAUGGACCUCAUGGAGCGUGUAGGGAUGUUCCCCCCGCUUCGUAGCGGAGGUCGACUGGAUAUCAGUCGAACCGCCGAGAACCAUUACUCGCUCUUGAUUUCCCCCGUUCCACAUCGUUGCCCCCGCCGCGCAGCUACUUCCUUGGUGGCUUAA